CUUCAUGCCUUCUGUGUUAUUAAUAAACACAGUGUAAUCCAGUGUUUUCCUGGAGACAUAUAGAGAGCAAAGAACUACUUAGAGCUACAAACCAAGCUCUGCUGAAAAAGUUUGAAGCACUGGGGCUGUCAUCUCUAAAACAUUUGUCAUGGACAGAAAACACCAAGUGGAGGAUGGUAACACCAUAAAAUCCACUGAGGUAUUGCGCAAUGAGGAUAUUUCACAACAUCAUGUACAGACUGACACUGAAACAGAGGCUGUUUUUGCCCUGUAUGAACCUACAUCGCUCAGUACACUAAAGAUGGACCCGGUAGGCAUGAAAGCUCUGGGGGAACUUUUUGAGUACUGGAUCCAGCAAGUGUCGGGUCUGGAAAGGGCGAGGGACAAGCUGAUCCAGGAGCUUCUUGCUCUGCAGGAACCUAUGCUGCAGGAUGUGGAACGCCUUAGAGGGAAGCUGAAGGAGGCAAAGAGGCUCCUCACUCUGGCUCAACUGGAUUAUGUUGCUGUUCACGAGGAAGUGCAGCAGGUGAAGAGGAAACUGUUCACCACCGCCAGAGACUGCAUCCAGAGUCAGGUGACGCUGGCUGCACAGGUGUACGAGGUGGCUCAGUCUGGUCUUACACAGGAGCAACUCAAGGCCAGCCUCCAUGUUCUGACCCACGAGUUGUCCCAGCUUCUGGAUAACCACCAAAACCAGCUUAACUCCCUCAGAGAUCAGGCCUCCAAACCACGCAGGUCAAGAACCAUGAGCGAUGUCAGCCAGUGUCGGCAGGCUUCCAUCAGGCUGCAGCGAAUGCUCAGCGGCAGCAUGAUGGCACUGGAGGGCUGGUAUGAGCCACGGAUGGUCGCCCUGCUGAGGAGAAGUCAGGCUGGGGAGGAAGCACUGAGAAACUGCAAGGGCCAGGUGAUGGACCUGAAAGCCAGCUUGGCUCCUCUGAGAGAUGACAUAAGGAGACUGGAGGUGGAGAGAUCCUGUCUGGAGAAACAAAUCACUCUUAUGGAGAUAGAGAGGGAGGAGAGGAUGGCAGAUCACAAGGAGACUGUGGAAAAACUACAAGAGACACUAAGAGAGUUAAAAUUGGAGUUUGAGGUUCAAAAGAACUUCAGGACUAAUUUGGAGCAGCUCACAGAGGGCCUGAAAACAGAGCUCACAUUUUUAAGAGGCAGGGAUGAACCCCGAAACAUCUCUGAAGAGGAAGAACAGUUAUUCAUCUCCAGAGGGUGAAAGCAGACCAAACCCCAACAUUUACAGUGCAGGUUAAAAGUUUUCAUCAUGAUCUUGAAUAUCAUGUUAUUUUGGGUCCUUUAAGGAUGCUUUGAACCUUCCUGCUUUUAGGAUGACUUCAUCUACAACUACACUGACUUUUAAAAACAAAAAUUGGCUGCACAACUUUGAAUUUCAGCAGAUUUUCUCUCAUUCACACACAUUUAAACUUUUACAUAUUUUUCCACUCUUGGGUUAUUUAAAAAACCAGUUACAUGUGUGUUUAGGAUCAUUGUUCUGCUGUGUCCAACUGGCAGUUGAGGUUAACUUGAAUAAUUUGAAAAGAGUCCAUUAUUUUUCCACCCACCUUGUGCAAUGCUACAUUACACUUGGUAGCGAAGCAGACCAUUAGCAUGAUUCUGCCACCACCGUGCUAAACUGUUUGUAUGUUCUUAGGCUUGUAAACCUCACUGUGACUUUCCCAAAAAUGUUUGUGCCCAAAUUAUAUUUAUCUUGUCUGAACUGAGGAUGUUCCUCCAGAAGACAUUUUAGUUUUACUUGAGCUGGAAGGUGUCUAUUUGCGAGCAGGGGCUUCUUUCUUAGUUGGCACCCGGUGAGGCCAUGUUGAUGUUUCAGCUGUGGUUUCUAGGUUGUUCCUGACCAUCCUAAGUAACUUCCUUUCGUCUGAGGGUGACACUGUAAGCGAAAGAGUUGAAACAUGGACACGACUGGUUGCUCCCACAGGACAAUGAUUUAAAUCUCACAUGAAAGCUGGUUUUGGAGUAGGUACAGCGAACAUUAUGCUUCUGAACGACUCUUUGACAUCAACCACAUUGAAAAUCUCAAAUUUAAACGAACACUAGUUCUAAGAAACUAAAAUAUCCAGCCAUUUUCUUAUCGAUGGCUACAGGAAAUAUGUGGUUCUCUGCAUAUUCCAAUGACAAUAUUUAUCCAACAAUUUUUUAAAUUUUAACAUGUAAAUUGGAUAAAAUCUAGAGUAAAAAAAAAAAAUUUAAAAUCAACUUAUUCACCAAUUUUUUGCUCAUAAAUUAAUUUAAAUUGUUUGCUGUUAUAGUUCAACCCUGAAAAAAAUAAAUCUGAAAUAGCCCAGUUAGAAACUGCUGCAUAAUGCAAACAAUGUAAUCCAUAUUGAGCAGCCCAUUAGGCCCUGCAGACACCUCACUUUCAAAAAAACAGUGGAAACAAGCAAAAUAUACAACUUUUCUGUAAAUAUUUUUAUUAUGAAUAUACUUAGAUACACAAAACUUCAGAUGCAGCAGGGGGAAACAAAAUGCAGAAGAAAAAACACAGACAAGUGACAACACGAGCUGGAAAAUUCACCUACAAAUAUCAAGCAAAUGAAAAGGAAAACCUACAGUAUGUACAAUUGUAUUAAAAAUGGAUCAUUGUGAA